AUGUUAACAAUGCAACCAAAUUAUUAUGGUACACGAGUUGAUACACGUCUUGUUAAUGGUCCAGUUCUUAAUUCACAAUUAACAAAUUAUUCACAGAAUCAACAGUUAACCCAUCAUCAUCAACAUCAUCAACAACAAUCAUCGCAACCACAACAUCAUUAUCCUCCUCCUUCUCAUCAUUCUCAUCAACAACAACAGCAAACACAACUGACGCAAUUACAAAAUUUACAUGAAUUACAUUUACCGUCAAUUAUAUCACCGACAGCAUCAAAUAGUAAUAAAAGUAAUAAUGAUUCAACAAAUUGUUCUGAUGUAAUCAAUAAUUCCAAUUCAUCACCUGAAGAACAUCGUAAUUUUCCAUUGUCAAGACAAUUAGGCCUAAGACGUAAUAAAAUUGGUAAUCAAGAUUGGGGACAAACUAAUCUUGAUUGUAAUAUGAAAGUAGGAUAUGCCACAGUUCAGUCACCAACUGUUACAAAUACAAUAACCAUAACACAUAAUGAAGAAAUAUCAUCUAAGCCAACACGUUUGCGUCUUAAUUGUGCUGCAACAAAUGAGCAUUCACCAGUUGGUUCUUCACCAUCACCGACAGUUACAAGUCUAAACAAUAAUAUUAAUAAUAGUAGUAUGAAUACAGGAAUAAUAAAUCAACAUUUUUAUUCAGAUAUAAAUUUAAUUCGACAGUCAAAUGAUUUGAUCUCUUCCACUGCCUCCAAUGUAUAUGGACGAAAUGGACCAAAAGAAUUAGAUUAUCUGUUAGCAGCGAAUGCAGCCGCUGCUCUUGUUAGUCAACUUGGAGGUGCCAACAAUGUCAAUAAUAAUAGUAAUUCAUCUAUUAACAAUUUAAAUCCAAAUUUAACUGUGGAGCAGUUAAAUAAUAGUUCCAAGUUAAUUCAUCGUGAUAUUAACUCACUUGAAUCGUUUACAGGGAAGAAUUUUUUUAUGUCUAAUGAAUUAAAAUAUAAUGGUUCUACUAUUACAAAUACUACUAAUAAUACUAAUGGAAGUAAUAACGGUAAUAAUAACAAUAAUGGUAACAAUUUAAAUUUACCAUAUGAUGACCAACAACGACUUAUAUACUCUGGUACAGAACAAAAAUAUCCUACUUCAAAUCAACUGAAAUCAUAUCCAAACGGUUUAUUAAAUCCUUUCAAUGGAACUAAUUUCAUGCAUCCAACAAUUCAAUCAAAUUCAUUAAUAACUCGUCAUCCAAAUAAUAAUUCAUUUCAAUUGAAUACUACUAACGAUAGUAACAAUAACAAUACUACUAAUAAUGGUAAUGAUUCACGUUCUCAUCCAUAUGACAUCUCAACUAUCAACACACAAAAUCCAUAUUCUUUAACAAAUACAUUGAAUUUUAAUUCACGUACAAUGAAUAAUCAGUUAACUUUGAAUGAUUCAAUGAAACUAAAUGGAAACUUAACAUUACAUGAUACAAAUUAUCAUGCCUUGCUAAAUGGAUCAUCAUCAUUUGGUAGUACAGUAUUUCGAUCAUUAGUGAAUUCAGAGAAUCAAUCAUAUUUGAACAGUUCUACUAAUAUGUUAAUGAAUUCAUCUUUGGACAAUAUUAACAACAGUAAUGAUCAUUCUACACUGAAUGAUAAUAAUAAUGAUUGUAUUGGACAUUCAUUACGUCAAAGUGGUAAUUCAAGUGAAUCAAAUGUAGUUGUUUAUCCUUGGAUGAAUCCUAAAGGAACUGAUAUUAGCGUUGAUCAAAAACGAACUCGACAAACCUACACUCGUUAUCAAACUUUAGAGUUGGAAAAAGAAUUUCAUUUUAACAAAUAUUUAACACGUAGACGAAGGAUUGAAAUAGCACAUACACUUACAUUAACAGAAAGACAAAUUAAAAUUUGGUUUCAAAAUCGUAGAAUGAAAUGGAAAAAAGAUCAUAAUAUAGCUAAAUUAAAUGGUCCUGGUACAUUGGAACAAUUAGAACUAGCUGAACAAGGUUCAACUAUUUCAACAAUUGGUCGAAAAAAUCAUAAAACUUCAUCAAUUUGUGAUGAUAGUGAUGAAGAAUGUAUAAAACGUAAACGAUUAUCACUGGAAGAAUUUAAUUCAUUAGAUACAAUUUCAACUAGUGGAAUUAUUAUGGAUCGUAAUACAUUUUCUAUAGAUCAUAAUAAUCUCUCUGAUAAAGAUAGAAAUUUGAAAAAUAAUUACAUAUUAACACAACGUAAUAAAUCACGACAUAUUCAUCGUGGUAAACAUGAUGGUGUUGAAGAUGAGGAUGAAGACAACGAAGAAGGAGAUGAAGAAGAGGAAGAAGAAGAGGUAGAAGAUGGUGAUGAGGAAGAAGAUGAUAUUAAUGAAGGGAUAAAUAGAACCCGAAGAAAAGAACAUAAUCGAAGCAUAAUGAAUGUAUCAAAUAAACAUUCAUGGUCUUUAAAUCAAUCAGAGAAGAUCGCCAAUUUUCAUAUUCCGGAUAGUAUUUAUUUAAAAGCUCAACAAACUGGAAAUAAUACAGAAAAUUUAAUGUUUCGCAAUGAAUGUGACAAGAAUUGGCAUUCUUGAGAUUACAGCUAAAAGGUCUAAAAUUUGUACGAAACUAUACAUACAACAGUAUACUAUCUGAUUCUUCCUUUAUAUCAAUAUUCUAAUUUCAAUAAAAUAUGUUUUUGAAGAAAAAUAUACAACUAUUCCGUGCGAAGAGACAGAAAAAAGGGGGUAAAGAAAAGAAAAGUCCGUAUUAUUUAAGUAAAAUAAAUCCAACAAUCAAGCUCUUUUCUUCAUUUGUACUUUAUUCUUUCAAUUACUCCUCCAAUUGGUACUGAUCAGUUUCUUUUGAGAGAAAAAAACACGACUAAUCAUAAUGUCCAUUUCAUCAAACAAACGAAUAUACACAUUGUAAAUAACAUUACACUUAUCAGUAGUACACUUCAUUAUUUAAACUACCUCAAUAAAAUGCAGAAUAACAAAUAAAAUCACUUUGGAAACGCACAUCUUUUAGUUUUUAUUCAUUCAAAAUAUAGUACACAUUAUUGAUUCAUUCAAUUUUUAUUUCAACAAUAUACCAGUUCAAUGAAACAUAUAAAUGCAAUAUUAUCUAACUUUAUAUUCACUAUCUAUUCAUUAUUAUUUUAAUAUCUUUCAUUUCUAUAUUACAGUUCAACUUGUCUUAUCAUCUUUCUUUUUCUUGGUCAAUGUGUUAAGGUUUAAAACAAUUGGAAAUGGUUUAGUAACAAUGUCUUAAACAAUUUCUUAAUUCUUUACUCAUUCUCUAUGUCGCUUUUUGAUUUGAUUCAUUUUGACCACUUCAUAAAUUUGCACUCACUCUCUCUCUCACACACACAUGAGCAUCAGACCAUUUUUAGUCAUUCAUGUUUUACCUGUGGUUGUCUAAUUUCUUUCUUUCCUUCUAUCUUUUACCUUUCUUAUAUUUGAAUGAAAAUGAUCAUUAAUUAGUCUGUUUAUUGAAUGUAUAUGAUCUGUGUGAAAAAAAGAGUGAUAUGUUCCAAUUUAUGUCACAUUGAAGAUAAGAAAAAGAAAAAGAUUAAUAGACAGAGUUCCUAUACAAGUGGGAAUAUGUUAGCUGAGUUACCCUAAAAAAUAAAGCGCACAAAAUGACUACAUAAAAAAAAACAUUAUUUACAAAUAAGUCUAAUUUUUACAAUGAUCUUUUAUCAUUUCUAUAAAAAACAAAAAUUGUAUUUAAACACAAUAAUUUGAUAUAAUACUACUAAUAAUACUACUUAUAAAUAAAAGAAAUCAAUGAUUGUUAUUUGAUUUAGUUGUUUGUUUUUUUUCUUCUUUUUAUGUAUGACUUGUUCUAUUCAACUGAAUUUCCCUUUUUUAUAUUUAUAUUACUAAAGAUAUUUUAUAUGAUGAUAGUAUGCUGAAUAAUUUGAAAGUAAACUUCAUUUGGUAAUAAUAUUAAUUUAAAGAAUGGGAAGGAAAGUAUUUAAAUGAAGUAUCUAUAUACUACUUAAUUAAUUGGAAACUUUACAUCAAUCUAUAUUAGUAGUAAUGUGAAAUAAGAUUAUGACUUAAAGUCAAGUCUUUGUGUAUGUUGUUUAUUAACAAUUAAAAUAUAUAUACAAUUUUUAGCUGUUAAGUUAAAAUUCAACUAUUUUUAUUGUUGUGUACAAUUUUGUAUAGAAUGAAUCAACUUUAUAAAUGGGUAACUAUCUCUACUUUCUUGUUUUUCAUCAUUAGUUCUUCAAUGGAUAUUAGCAUAUUAGUUAAUAUUACUGUCAAAUUACAUAUUUAUACAUAAUUUGUUUUUCUAUUCAAAUUAAUUUUUAAUUGAAACAAUAUAUGAAUUGUAAAGACAUUUGAAUAUAAAUCUAUCAGAGUAAAGUAAUUUAAUUA